AUGCGUAUUAUUUAUCAGACACUUUUCUGUCUUACUUAUCUCACAAUUUUCAUUCAUUGUCAAGGUGGCGGUGGCGGUGGCGGUGGUGGUGGUGGUGGUGGUGGAGGUGGCUCCGGAGGUGGUGGAUUUUAUGGAGGAAGUGGUAGUUCAUGUACGACUGCUGCAUGCCGAAAUCGUAGUGGUAUUAUCACAGGUGGUAUUAUUGGAGGUAUGGUCGGAUUGGGUUUCUUAAUCUUUGGUGUUUCAUGGUGCUGCAAACGCUAUAAAGGUCGACCCUUUCGAACCAACUCAAAUUUUAUCGGAAAAGGAACUUCAAAAAAUCCACAUGAAAAUAUCUAUAAUGGAUAUCAGUUCCAAUCGGGUACCUGGUCCGGUCAAUAUUAUCAAUAUAAUAAAUGGCAUGGGCCUUAUCAAUGUUCACUUUCAUUUAAUUCUCAGUCGAUGACAGUAUCUGGUUCAGGAGUGGAUGAUAUCGGUUCAUUUACUAUUGAUGGUACUUACUCUAAUGAAACACAUCGAAUUGGUCUAACAAAACAAUAUCAGUUAGGAACUGGUGAUCCAUCUCAAAAUUUAGGUCAUCAAGUUAUAAUUCAAGUAACAUGGAAUGAAAAAAAUAAUCAAUUUGAAGGAAAAUGGUACGUGCAAACAAAGAAAUAUCAUGGUGACGGUAAAUUUCAGCUGAAACUCGAUGAGCAACAACAACUUCGUCCAUACGAGAAAGUCUAA